UGUUGAGAAAGUAGAAGCACAUGGGACAUUAUCAGGAAGAUCCAAUGGGAAUGUUUCCGGUAUUUGUGCAUGCCCAGAAAAAGCAAAAGCCUGUGAGACUAAGCAGAGGCCAGAGGGAAACUUCAGUAGCUUCUCAGACCUUAUUUCAAGUGAGAGAAUCAACUUGGAAGACACACGUUACACAUGCCAUGAGUGAGGGAAACACUUCAAUUGGAGCUCACACCUUAUGAGACAUCGUAGAAUCCACACUGGUGAGAGACCUUAUGGAUACUCUGAGUGUUGGAAAUGCUUCACUAAUAGUUCAACCCUCAUUUCACAUCAGCAAAUCCACACAGGAGAAGCACCCUACACAUGCUCAGAGUGCGGGAAAAGCUUCAGUCAGAGCUCUGCCCUUAUCAAACAUCGGAGAAUCCACACCAGGGAGAAGCCCUACACGUGCACUAAGUGCGGGAAAAGCUUAAAACAGCGCUCAAACCUUAUCAGACAUCGAAGAAUCCACACAGGAGAGACGCCCUACACAUGCUCUGAGUGCGGGAAAAGCUUCAAACAGAGCUCACACCUUAUCAAACAUAGGAAAAUCCAUAUGGGUGAGAAACCUUAUGGAUGCUCUGAGUCUGGGAAAUGUUUCUUUAAUCUUUCAGUCCUCAUCUUACAUCAGAGAAUCCACACAGGGGAAAUGCUCUACACGUGCUCUGAGUGCAGGAAAAGCUUUAAUUGGAACUCAGACCUUAUCAGACAUCAGAGAAUCCACACAGGGGAGACACCGUACACCAGGCCUGCACAACUCAUAAAGCAGCGAGGGCCACAUUACUUCAAAGAAAACAGCUGAGAGCUGAAACCCCCCAGCCCUGUAGAAACACCCAGCCCCAGGGCCACCCAGCCCUGCGGAAACAAACCCUCCUUCCCCAGCGCCGCCCCACCAAAAGAGCUGUAGGCCAAAAAGGAAGGUUGGGAA